CGCGCACAGCUGAGUUUCGCUAAAAUGUGCUUCCAAAAUGGCGUCGGGGCGUCGAGCGUGUGUAACGGUGCUGUUGUGCUCGCUGUGUUGCAUGACAUUUGCUGUAAUUCUCAGAACUAUAGACAAUGACGUGUGGGUCAAUGAAUUUGACUCAACUGAAUUGACCUGCUUCAUAGAGUCCACAUCUACAAACAGCCCUAGAAUUGAAUGGAAGAAAGUCAAAAAUGGGGUUCCCAGUUACGUAUAUUUUCAAAACAAAAUAUCAGGUGAUUUGGAGAACAGGGCGCUGUUGAUAGAACCUGCAACCCUGCUGAUCCCAAACGUCAGCAGAUCAGACAGCGCCAUGUAUCGCUGCGAGGUGGCUGCCAUUGAUGACCUCAAAGACUUUGACGAAAUACGUAUACGUCUGGCUGUGAGAGUGAAGCCGGUGGUGCCACAGUGCAGCGUUCCAAGCUCGGUCACUGCAGGCCAUUUUACGGAGCUACGCUGCAAGGAGAGCCAGGGCUACCCUCUGCCUCACUACCAGUGGUUCCGCGACAACGAGGAGCUGCCUAAGGACCCCAAAACCAGCAUCCGCUUCUACAACUCCUCAUAUGUCAUGAACGCUAAGACUGGCUCACUGAAAUUCAGAGCAGUGAGGAAAGAAGACGCCGGGGAAUACCACUGCCAGGCCAGGAAUGACGCCGGUUAUGAAAAUUGCGCACCGCAGCUUAUGAAAGUCUAUGAUUCCGAAAUCGAGAUUUUGGUCCUAAAGAUCGCAGCGGGAGUGAUGUCAUUCAUCCUUUUAACAGCAGGGCUGCGUCUGGCUCGAAAACACAUCUGCUGUUCCCGCCAGGACCAGAGAGAAAACGACUAUAGAGUCCCUCCGCGUGACAGCGGGAAGGACGAUGUCCGUGCAGAUGAGGGGCAUUUCCAGCACAAGCCAUCUUUUGUCGUAUGACCAAGAAAGGAUGAAGGCGAUGCAGCAGAGACACAGCUGAAGUGUGUGACGCAAAGCAAACACACCGAUACACUGAAAGCUGCUGAUCGUAUCUUACGUUACUCUCAGUUCACAGAGAGAGGUCAGACAACACGUCUGUAAAAAUCUGAUUUUUCAAUGUUUCAUUGUUUAGUUGUGAAAAUUAUUUUGCUUUUGGUAAAAGUUUAAAACAGGUUCGAUGCAAGCAGCAAAAUUCUCGUGAUGAAACACGGAAGCAAUUUCAGGUUUGUUUUGUUGUAAAAUUUUUUGUAA